AUGCCAUUUGUGGCUACGAAAGUCCCAAUAUCUUCAAACUCGAAUUUCGAAGAUUUCUCGGGCAAUAACGCUCACGCGGAAAGCGGCGCCGGCGGUGCACGCAGAUCUUCCAUUAAACAUGCGUUCACUAACAUCCUGAGGUCCGGGUCACUGGGCAGCAGUCCUCCAGCUAGUCGCAGCUUGGGUACUUCACCAGGAUCAGGUGGAACUUUCGCACAUCAUUUGCAUUCUGGCGAGAUUCGCGGUCUUGAGCAUAGUGGACAUACCGACGCGAGCCGUCAUAUCUGGGAAGACGACGACUUCCAGGAAUCUGCUUUUCUUAGUGAGCCGUCUUUGGACUAUGAGGAUGGUAAAACUAGCGCUUAUGGCUCUUCAUACCCGAGGCAAUCUGCUUUAAGUAGUGGAAUUCGUGGGGUGGGAAUCCGCAAGUACAUCUCCAAUUAUCUCUCAGACAGAGGUUUUUUAAAUCCCAGAUUGCUAAGUCAAACUGAAAAUAUCAGUAUUUCGCUAGCAACGUCGUCAGAGAUUGUGUUUUUGCCCACGGUUUCGGCACAAGAUGACGAGUAUCUUAGCCACCUGGCGAUGCUCGAUGAAUCGCGAGGGCAUUCGCGAAACGUGGACCCGGCUGAAACUUUGAAUUUCGAAACUUCUGUUCGCUCGACCGAAUCAGACGUCGCGGCUCCCUCAACAUCUGACGUCGUAGGUUCAGAAUCGGCGAUCACCGAAGUGAGCAAUGCGCAGUCAAUCGAAAACGAUGGUAAAAAUGUGCUUUUCAACAUUGCAGUGAUUUUGUCUCUGAAGCGGCCCGGUAAGCUUUCCAAAAUUAAAGCUGAACUUUACUCGCGCGCCAGAGUAUAUUGGCAAUACGGCGUUCCUCCGGACAAGACUUUGAAAGAAGAAUACUAUACAGUUGAGAGUUUAGAUUGGGACCUUGGGAAUGAUAAUUUCACUCUUUUCGUGCCUCAGCGAGCUGAUUGGAAAGAGGGAAUUAUCGAGAGACAAGAACCAAUACACACAAAGCUUUUCAAAAAGAAUGAGAACUUGGCUGACGAAAAAUACCGUAACAGAAGAAAGUCUCGGCAGCAAUUCUUCAAAUUCUUGGAUUGUGAACCCGAGGAGCAUUUUGAAGCCGGUGAGUACCUGUUUUUGUUGCCCGUUUUCUUUAGCAACAACAUCCCCGAAACCAUCUAUCUCCCCUCGGGCCGCGUGAACUACAAUUUUCGAUGUGCUGUUAAAAUGGAUCCCUCGAAACAAGGGUUUGACGAUCGUAGCGAUCUCUCUUUUUCCAACUCCAAGGCUACCAAUGGAACGAAUGGCUCAGAUGAAAGUCAUCAGGAGACCGGAAGCCAUUCCAAAAGUAGUAGUGGCAACAAUUUCUUCAAGAAAAUGAAAAAUCACCUUCACAGCAGCGUUACCAGCUCAGCCUCGUAUGAGUCCCGCGGGAUGCUCGAUGCAUCCUAUCCAAUCAAUGUUAUAAGGAUGCCGCCUGUUAUUUCUGAUUCAACUGCGGACAAGCCGGUGUACAUCAAUCGUAUUUGGAACAACGCGCUCUCCUACGAAAUCUCACUUCAGAAGAAAUUUGUACCGAUCGGAAGCGAGGUACCGCUGAAAAUAAAACUAGCACCUAUCGUGAAGAACAUAGCGGUGAAAAGGCUGCGUGUAAGCGUACUGGAAAAAGUGACAUUUGUUUCCAAAAGUCUGGAGUACGAAUUCGAUCAAACGGAGGCUAUUUCCAAUGAUCCUUACAACCCUUACUAUGCAGAGUUCACAUCCAGACGUAAGCAGGAGCGAAUCUUGCCUCUAAUCGAAAUAAGAAGCAAAGACAAAGGCGCCAGAGCGUUGAGGGAAGAAGUUGUGGAAAACUGUAAAUCUGAAAACAUUUUGGCAUAUACAACCGUGACACAGGGAUCUAGAGAGAACGGAACUUUUGAUGUGGCGGAUACUCUAACUAUUGAUACGAAGGUCAAAUUCCCAAAAUACUUGGUGUUGGAUAGAAAGACCUCGAAAAAUGUCCCACCCUAUGGUAUAGAUGAGUUUUCGGCUAUUAAUUCCGCAAAUUUCGAGAGUGCAGGUGUUGGAGGUGCUGGAACUUCUACUCGUCGUGAGAGCGCUGCUUCUGGAGUUAUUGGAUUCUUUGCUGGUCGAAGACCCACAGUAACUUCAAGAUCGCGACAGAGCUCUAUUGUGCACCCCGACGUUACAUCACCUAGCGAAUCAAAGUUUUUUUCAAAUUCGAACAUGCAUGUACAAACCCGCACGAAACUUAACGAACCAAAGCGGGGACUUUACCUGGACAGUGUGAAUUUCGAAAAUAUUCACGUCAAGCACAAGCUGGAGAUUAUGCUCAGGAUCAGUUCAGGCGGGAAUGGCCAAAAUCCAGAAAAGCAUUACGAGGUAUUGAUCGACACUCCAAUUUUUCUUGUGUCUGACAUGUGUACUAACGACAACAUCGAGCUUCCUACUUACGACAUGGCGACGAAGGGAGAAUUGCUUCCACCUUCUUUCGAAGAAGCAAUAUCCGUACCUGCUUCACCAAUAGGGUCACCUCGAGUGUCUCCGAUGGGAUCGCCAAAUUUGAUCGCAUCCUAUGACCCUGAAGAGCUUAGUAUACAGCAAUUGUCUCUAUCAAGGACUUCCUCGCAAACAGGGCCCGACAGCUUUAGCCACGAAAUGCCCCCGGGUUCGCGUGGGAGGAGGUACACCGUCAUUGAUUCAUUGAUUAAUGAAAACCCUAAUAGUCCGGCUGUCCCUGGUAGGCCAAUUUUCAAGGCCGAGUUCGGCAUGGAAUCUACAAAUAUUGAUGAUGCCAUGAUAAGCGACGAAGAUCCACCCCAAUACCACAGUUUAAACAGGACGUAG